AUGACCUGCUGUCACAACGUGCUGCUGCUGCUGGACACCGCCGGUGCCGCCAGGAAGAACCAUGUCCAGCUGGUCGCCCUGCGGGUCCUGAACUACCUGAGCUGCCGUUUCGGCCUGAGCAGAGUCCGCUGGGGUUUCCAGUUCUUCGACUCUCAGGGGGCCCGUAGCCGGCCGUCGCGGGUUUCGGAUUUCCGUGAGCUGGGGCCCAACAGCUGGGAGGACUUCGAGGAAGAACUGGAGGCCAGGUUCGGGGAUCGGGCCCAGCGGCCUCACUUGCCGGGCCCAGCGACUAGGGCCACCCACAUCCAGAACGUCCUGACGGAAACCCUGCUGGAUUACCAGUGGGACCUGCCCGAAAUCUCGUCGCCUACGAAGCCCUUCCUAAGAAGCAGCAAGCGACGAUUACUGGGGUCCCCCGAUGAGCCUGGAGGGGCUGAUGCCGACCUCAGGGGCUUGAUGAAUGCCGUCUUCCUCUUUUCCCCGUGCCCUCAUUCCCAAAGGGAACUUCUGCAGUUUGUGGCCAGGAGCGAUGCCCAUUCCCAGCACCUGCUGCCCACCACCCAAGUGGUCAUGGAAAAGCUAUUGCCCAAGAGAGUCCAGGAAAUUCUGAUGGGCAGAAAGAUUUCUCUUUAUUGGGUGGACAUUACUGAAACGUCUAAGCUGCAGGACUCCCCAGACCACCACGGGUACUGGACAAUGUUUGAACUGUUUCACCGUGUAGGAGGAACUGUUUUGCCUUCUGAAAUUUUAGCCCAGUGCUUUAAUCAAGAUGGUGAAAAGUUGUCCGACUGUGAAAGGGUGAAUGCCGACCAGGGACCUCCUCAACUCCAGUUCUCCCCAUGGAUUUCAAGCUUGCCAUUUGACUCUACUUUAAACUGCUUGCUGUGCCCAUCACCCAGAUACCAGGCAUCAUUCCCACAGAUAGAAGGCACAUUAUUCCUGCCUAUUGAAGGUAAUGAGCCUCAGCAGACUUGGACAGUCACUCUUGAGCCUUUAGCUAUGCCUCAAAGGAACUUUCAGAGACCAGUCAGUAUUUUCCUAAAUGGCACUGUAUCCCGCUGGACUCAUCCAAUGAGCAGCAGCGUUGGCACAGAAAGUUGGAUGCUACAGAGCUUGGAAAAUGAGAAAUCAGAGCAAGGGAGGUUAUUUCAGCAACUUGUUAGAAGGCUGUCAGCUGAAGAAUUACAUUUGGUUGCUGAUGUAGUUCCUGGUGAAGGAUGGCCACCUUGUACUGGAAUUCUAUCUCCUUUUUCCAUCACUGCUACAAUUCUCACUGUUUUUCGAAAUGAACACAAUGAAUUCCAGGAAAAUCUCCACAAACAUAUGACAGAGAAUCCUCAGGAUACAACCUACCUUCUCCCAGAUGUUAUAAGUACUGUAUUGAACCAAAUUCAUAAUUCACAUGAAAAUUCUAAUACUUCUGUAGAUAUUCCUGUUCCUGAGUGGGCCCAGCAGGAACUUGGCCGGACUCAUCCUUGGAGAUCUUCAGUUGUUGAAAAGUGGUUUCCUUUCUCUAAUCACAGUGGUGCAAGUUCAAAUUUAAUGGAAUCAUUUUGGUUACUACAGGCUACCUCAUCUAAUAAAGAAGAAUCUUCUAAGACAGAAGGAGAGCUGACACAUUUUCUCUCUGAGUUCUACCAGAGAAAAUCUUGUGAAGAGUUUACUGCAGUUGGUCAGGAAGAUAACAAAAAGAAACGGGGGGUCCCUGGUACUCCAGUCAGACAAAAGAUGAAGAGUAUGUCACGGUCUCUGAAGAUGUUGAAUGUUGCAAGGCUAAAUGUAAAAGCUCAGAAGCUUCAGCCAGAUUGCAGCCCAUCUUCUUCAACUGGGGAGAAAAUAGUCCAAAAGGCAACCUCUAGAAGAACUGAUGAAAAACUGGAAGAAAGAGGAAAAAUGUUGAAAAGUUCUAAGCCUAAAGAUUUUAAAACUGAGGAGGAGCUACUAUCUCACUUAAAUGAAAAUUACCAAAAAACUGUGGCCAUGGGAGAAGUCUUAACACAUUCAAGUGCCCAGAAUAUGAUCUUAGCUAUUAAAAUGUUCCUGAAAUCCAGAGGCACCAAAGACUUAGAAAUGACCUGUCUAGAGCGAGUAAAAAAUUACCUCCUAAAGACCAGUAAAGGUCUUCGACAGCAGUUGAGGAAAAAUCUGGACAAGGAAGCCAAAGUCAGAGAGUACCAGCUUCAGGUGUUUCUUCGUUUGGAGAUGUGUUUGCAGUGCCCUUCAAUACAGAAUAGUUCAGAUGACAUGGAACACUUAGUAGAGGAGGUGACAGACUUGCUUCGAGCAGUUUGUUUAACUGAGGACCCAGCAUACUUAUCAGGGUUUUUGGAGGAAAUUUUGAGAUUGUAUAUUGACUCAAUUCCAAAGACACUUGGAAAUCUUUACUAUAGCCUCGGAUUUGUGAUUCCCCAGAAGCUGGCUGUGAUCCUUCCUGCAGAUUUCUUCAGUGAUGAUUCCAUGACACAAGAGGGUGGAUCACCAACACUAUCUGUGCCACAUAGCCAUAGCACAGUAUCAGUCAGCACUGAAUCUGACCAGCUGGAGGAACUGCGUAGCCGAUCAGCCAAGAAAAGGAAACAUGCAUUAACAAGACAUAGGAGUGUGACAGAAGCAGCACAAAAUCUCCGGCAAAUUGAAAUUCCUAAGGUUCCCAGGAAAGCUACCAAAAAAGAAAACUUUCAUCCUGGUCAUCAGCAGCCACCACUCCCAGUAAAAGAUUCAGUUCAAGAAGUGACCAAAGUUCGAAGAAACCUUUUCAACCGAGAGAUGCUUUCUCCUUCAAAAAGAUCUAUGAAAAGACUACCUAGAAGUCAUUCAGUGUCAGCUGUUGAAGGGCUAAAAUACAAAGCUGAUGGCUCCAAGGAGAUUCAAGAUUAUCAUAAACUGCUAACUAAAAGGGUAUCAGAGACUCCGUUGCACAAACAAGUAUCUAGAAGAUUACUUCAAAGACAAAUUAAGGGCAGGUCCUCUGAUCCUGGCCCUGACAUUGAUGUUGUUGAAGAAUCCCCUGAAAAAGAAGAAUGUGAAAUGAGUUUGAGACGAAGCCCUCGCAUCAAGCAUCUGUCAUUUGUGAGAACAAACUCUGCUUCUUUCUACCCUAUCCCACAACCAAAGUCUCGAAAUAUACAGAGAGUGUACUUGAGACAGAAGAAUGAAUCAGGUACUAAGGAAUGUCCUAUAAUUCAGAAUAUCCGAUCUCCCAAGAGGCUUCUUUUUGGUGCCGUCUCUGAGAUGACUACUCCUACAAAGGAAAUGCACCAAACUAAAAGGUCUCCAAAAAACUCAUUGGAUUCUGAGAAGCCUCUUGUUUAUCAGACUCCUAGGAAAAGUGACCAGGAGCCUCAGACCCCCACCAACAGAAUUCUGAGGAGAUCACCUCGAACACCACAACUAACAUAUCAUACUCCAAGAAAACAAAGAAAAACCACUCCAAAAAAUAAAUCAACAGAUCAGAUGGCUUUUAAGAAUUCUACAAAAGACUUUUCAUCUGACUUAGAAGUUGCAUCACUAUCUGAGGCAAAAGCAAUCCCUCCAAAGGGAAGCUCCCUGCAAAAAGAAUUCCCCUCUCUUGAGAAGAGGGAAUUAAGAACUCCCAAAAGGCACAGAAGUCAGACACCUGAACUUUUAGAGACUCCUCCUUGGUCACUUCAGAGGAACUCCAAUCUAGCCAAUGUUUCAUGUCCUGUAGCCCAGUUACCAUUUACUAUCCAGACCACUAAUACUAAGUGUCUGACUCCCCUUAAACACUCCGAGAAAACACCUCAGAAGUCAGCAGCUUCUGUAUCUCCAAGAAGACAUGGCCAAGUAGUUGCAGUGACACCUCUAAGUCAGAGAAACCAAGACCCAAAUGUUCUCAUACAUACAGUUUCUCAGCCAAUUGAAUACAUUAAGGAGUUAAAAGAUAAAACUGCCCAAAACAUGAAAGGAUCAGGGAAUAUGGUUGCUGUAUUCACACCACCUAUUUCUUCCCAAAAAAAGAAACCAUUUAAUUCUCCACCACAUGAUGCUUCAAUAAAGACUCCAACUAAGAGAUCUUCUAUGGAUUCUCUUUCUCCUAGUGAACUUGGAGAAUUUGAUUGGGGGAUGCUACAGAAAUCACCAAAUAUAACAGUCACAUCUCUUGCCUGUAAUCUUAUUUCAACACCCAGAAAGAGUCCAAGGGUAAAUAAACCUAAUAGUCUCUCUCCACCACCUUCCAAAACCAGGAAACAACAUAUGAAUAGAAACAAUUCCAUCCUUGAAAGAAAUUUGCCACUUCACCAGUUCAAUACCUCUGAUGACCCUACAGUUGAACAAAGAGAUAUGGCAACCAUAGACUCAUCACCUAAAAAGGAGCAGGAAAAAGGAAACACUUCUCCAUUUUCUCCCAAGGAGCACUUUCACCCUUCACCUGGUGUAGGGUAUGAAUGGUUUAAUUCCGCUUCUCUACUCACUACCCAGAAUGCAUCAGAACAACAGAGCAGUGAUAACUCAGAAACUUGUAUAAGAUCAGCUGAAGGGUUAAAGAAGACUCUUACUUAUGAACAGCCUUUUACAUCUGAUGAAGUGGCUUCUCCACCUGCUAAGCCCAAGUCUCCUUUGGUACCUUCUUAUGCCUUACGUUGUACUGUAGACAGAAGGCAGAGACAGGCUGCAGCACGGCUGGCAUAUCCAAAAGCUUCACCUCAUUUUUCAGAAGACCAACUGAAAGUGAUUCCUGCUAGUCCUCCAACCUACGAGGUUGAGCUGGAGAUGCAAGCCUCUGGUCUACCCAAGCUUCGCAUCAAAAGGGUAGACUCCAGUUCUGUCAGUACUGAAAACCAAAAAAGGGCUGGCACAUCUCUGGGAGAAGAGGACUUUCCUGAUCUUGGGUGCUUGUUGCCCCAUGGUAAACCGAGCCAGCUUGAAGGUCCUUAUGUCUCACCUCCAUGUCUUCAUUCUUCCCAUACCACUCCAGGCAAGAGUGGGGGGCAGAUGUAUAUCUGUCAGUCUUAUACUCCAACUCACUUUCCGUCUAGCACCACCUCUCCCUCCCCAACAGAUGUCUGGGUUCCCUGGACACCAUCUCCCAGGCACAAAGGGAAGACCACUCCUGAUACAAUCCAAGACUGGCCAAGAAAAAAGAAGGCAGUGGACAGCAAUAUGAAUUCUUGUGGUGGGAGAAAUGAAAGAGGUUCAGAUCUCCUGGGGAAUGUGUCUGGUGUUGAAGAGGAGGGAAAGGAGAGGGUUUUUGAACAGUGCAUCAACAAAACUCCUAUCUUGGGGGAUUUUGAACUUGAAGGAGUAUAUCGGCUUCCAGAUCAGUCACCUUCCAGUGACUGUGAGCCUAGAGCUGAGGACAAUUUUUCAAAGGGGCAAUUUGGAUUGUUCUCUAGGAAAAGACCACUUUCCUCUAAGGAGGAAACUGAGCACCAAACCAGAAGAUCCUAUGGCAGCCAAAAAGGAAAUCAGGUCAUUUCUGCUGGCAAUGAAACAAAGGAAGAAAGGAAAUCUCCAAAUAGAAGUAUAAGACAGCCUUCCUCCAUGGGGGAUGAUGAGGUGUUCAUUUCAGGCUCUACCCCACCUAACUGUGCUGUGAGAAGUUGUCUCUCUGCUAGUGGUCUUCGGGCACUGACCCAGUCUCCACUACUAUACCAAGGAAAAGCACCUUCCUUUCAGCGAAAGGAUAUUAAAGAUGAAGAGAUGGAUGUAUUUCCAAGUACUGCAGACCAAGAGUCUCCUUUCAACAUAACAAUCUCCCGGAGACAUCCUAUUAAUAGAACUUAUACUCGGAAAAGGCUGCUCAGCUAGUAAAAUUGGGUUGUGGUCACUUGGUUAUAGCCAUUACUAAUUUUGUCCAAGGCCACUCUGGCCUGGCACAGCAGGGAUUCUCUGUUCUUGUCUCUCUUCAGUCCAAAGACCAACUUUCAUCAGAUGUAUCUGACUUUCAUCAGAUGUAUUAGACACUCACAGACUUGUGUUAUGAAUGAAUUUGUGAAAUGCUCAUCUAACAUGGGACUGAGCCGAGUGAUUUCUGCAAUGCUUGUGGCCCUUUUCAGAGCUUGAGACAAGGGCUUUUUAAAUCAUUUGAGAGAGUACAGGGCAUAAGGGCAGAGAAAGCCAGACAGAAAGGUGCUGAGGACCUGGU